AUGGACCCAGAUUCCCUCCUCACAAUCGCUAGUGCCGGUCUUGGCGGCCUUCUUGGCAGCAUGUACUUGGAUUCACGUCUUUUACUCGGCAGAGAUUUUCAUCAAAUUCGGUCCGGUGCCGCUGCACAAAUUUAUCAUCGUUUAUGGACAUGGCAAGAUAAAUUGCAUCUCUAUUAUCGUUUCCAAGCUAAGGCAAAGGCCCAUCCCAACCGCGUCUUUGUCGUGUUUGAAGGCAAGCCUUACACAUACAAGCAACUCGAAAAAGCAUCCAACCGUUUGAGUCACUGGUUGUUGGCUCACAAUGUCAAGCGGAAAGAUAUUGUUUGCAUGAUGCACCAGAACCACCCCACUUUUUAUAUCACAUGGUUGGCAAUUUUGAAGAUUGGCGCAACCCCAGCAUUGAUCAACACCAACUUGGCUGAGGAUUCCCUUUUGCAUUGUAUCAAGGUGGCCGAUUCAUCCAUGCUUUUGUUCGACCCUGUCUACGAGAAACAAGUUGCUACCAUCUCCGAUAAAUUAGCUCAAGGUGGUGUCUCCCUUUGGGCUUAUGGCGAAUCCACCGAGAAUGACGAGUUGCCACCUUUGGCCAUUGCACCCACUCUUACACCAAGCGUUCUUGCUCAGCACAGUGAUCGUGAUACCGAUGAAGCUUUGCUCAAAGGUAUCGGUAAUUCCGAUCCUGCCAUGUUGAUUUAUACCAGUGGUACAACGGGUAUGCCCAAGGCAGCUGUAAGCCAACAUGCACGUGUUGACUUUGGCGGUUUGAUGUAUUCGGGCGUUACUGGUCUCAGGGCUGAUGAUCGCGUGUAUUGUGUCCUUCCCCUGUAUCAUAGCUCAGGCAUUAUCGUUACGACAGCUGUUGCUUUGCAGGCAGGUGCUACCAUUGUCUUGGGUCGUAAAUUCUCUGCCAGUCGCUUCUGGGAUGAUUGUACCAAAUACAAUGUCACGGCGUUUACCUACAUUGGUGAAUUCUGCCGCUACUUGCUUAGCCAACCUCCACAUCCACAUGAAAGAAACCACAAGGUGCGUCUUGUCUAUGGCAAUGGCAUGCGCCCUGAUGUGUGGAACCGGUUCAGAGACAGAUUUGGUAUCCCCGAGAUUUGUGAAUUUUAUGCCGCCACUGAAGCACCUACGACCUUGUUUAAUCCCAACAAGGGCCAUUUUGGUUCUGGAUCGGUUGGUCAUCGAGGCUAUCUCUUCCGUGCCAUUCGUCGUGAGCUCAAGUUGAUCAAGAUUGAUCCCAUCUCUGAAGAACCUGUUCGUGGACCCGAUGGCUUUUGUGUUGUGAGCGACUAUGGUGAACAAGGAGAAUUACUUGUGCGCAUUGAUAAUGCUGAUGCUUUGGGCUUUGAUGGCUACUAUAAAAACGAAGGUGCCACGAAAAAGAAGAUCCUUACCAAUGUUUUGGAAAAGGGUGAUGCCUAUUUCCGCAGUGGUGAUCUCCUCCAAAUGGAUCGGGAUGGUUUCUACUUUUUCGGUGAUCGUGUUGGUGACACUUUCCGCUGGAAGUCUGAAAAUGUUGCUACAACCGAAGUAGCCCAUGCAGUGGGUCUUUACCCUGUACUCGCUGAAGCCAAUGUUUAUGGUACCUUGGUUCCACACCAUGAUGGUCGUGCUGGUAUGGCUGCUGUGGUAGUCAAGGAGGGCGAGACCCUUGAUUUCAAGGACUUUUACGCUUACUUGAAACGCAAGCUUCCUAAAUACGCUAUCCCAUUGUUCAUUCGAUUUGUACCUUCCAUGGAACUCACUGGUACCUUUAAGCAACAAAAAGUUCAAUUCCGAAACCAAGGCAUCGACCUUGAUAAGAUCGAAGAUCCUGUCUUUUGGUUGCGAGGCGACACUUAUGUCCCAUUCAAGCGAGAGGAUUAUCAAGCCAUCUUGGAUGGUAAAGUUAGUCUAUAG